GCACGAGCCGUCAAUAUCCAUCCAUUUCCAUACUUCUUUUUACCCGUGAUCGAGCUUUUUUUUUGUCACUGUUUGUUUGCGCGGUUGUUUGUCGCGUCUUACGUGACAGGUCCUUCGCAUAUAGCCAGUCAUACUUGAGAUCAUGGUGCGCUGUCUUGUGCGGACACCGCCAAUAUGAGGUUUAGAUCGGAUCUCAAGAAUACACGCACGUUUUCGAAAUUGGUGGCCGCUCUUUCGUCCCUCGAGAAGAUCGCCUGGUUGCGUCUUGACGAUGAUACCGUCCGCUUCACCGUGAUCCCGGAUACCGGGUCGCAAGUCUGGGCGUCCUUUUCCAUGGACUUCAUCUUCGACAACUAUGCUCUCCAAUCCGCCGAACCGAACAACACCAUCAACCUCGAAUUACCUCUAACCCCUCUCCAGCGCGCCCUCAAGUCCGCCAUCAACGGGUCCUCCGCGUCGAUCCGCCUCACAAAAAAAGACGGCAUUCCCGUGUUAUCCAUGACCGUCACGACCAUGGUCAAGGAACCUCAAGGCGCGGCCCGUCUCGGCGGUAUAGGCGCAAACCCCUUAGGCGGCGGCGGCGGCGGCGGUGGUGGUAACUACGACGACGACGAAGACGGGGUCUUCGCGCAAGAGCCCCUCGAGACGAACCUGCGCCGCGAGCGCGAGAAGAUCGUCACCCAGGACAUCCCCGUGCGCGUCCUGCACCCGGACACCGUCGAGACCAUCAUGCAGCCCAAAGUCCGAGAGCCCGAUGUCCACAUCCAACUCCCGCCCCUGCUUCAGCUCAAAGCGAUCUCCGACCGUUUUACAAAACUCGCCGUAGCUUCCCGCACGUCAUCAUCCUCGUCUUCCGCCGCAGCAACAGGAGCCUCGUCGUCGUCUUCGUACUCGCCCAAACUCGAGCUCAGCGCCAACAUGCACGGCGGGCUGCGGCUGCGGCUGGACACGGACUCGCUCAACGUGGAGAGCCGGUGGUCCGGGCUCGAGAACCCGGAGCUGGACCCGGCGCAGCUGCCGUGCGCGCUCGAGGACCACCCCAGCACGCGGUUCCGCGAGGCCGGGCCCGACAAGUGGGCGACGGUCCGCGUGGACGGCAGGGACUGGAGUAAAGUGCUCAGCGUAGGGAGGCUCGAGGGGAGGGUCAUCGCGUGCUUUGCCGACGACCACGCGCUCAUCAUGUACGUGUACGUCCCGCAGUAUGACGAUACGGGGGCUGAGGACUCGGUUGUUACGUAUUAUGUAUCUUCUUAUAGUGCUUGAGGGUUUAGGUUCUCAUAUGUAGGAGGUAUCUAAGGCGUAUGGCGUUUUAGGCCUUAUACGGCUUGCUUGGGCGAGGCUAGAGUGUUUAAGAACGGAUAGAUAAAUAGGUACCUAAACUAACCUAAGAACCUAAUGCUAGUUUCACCUUUUGUGUUCAUGCCGAUGAGUUUGUCGUUACUGGAUUAGGUAGAGUAUUCUACGCAUGGAGCAAGACGCAAGUCGAAAUUACUGGCUACCUAGCCUAAGGGUAAGGGGUUCGACAUGCUGCAGUUGUUUUGCAGCUGGGUACCGGAAGUAAAAUAGCGCCGUGAAUGUAUUUCUAUACAUGCUUUGAGUUGGUUUGGAUCAGAAUACGAUAUGUGUCAAAUAAUCUAAGGAUGGCUUUG